AGGAAGUGUCGGCAGUCCUGCUGUUGCUUUGUGCACUGGCUGCAGCAUGUAGCGGAGCGCAGUGUGUGCACAGCCUGAUGCCGGCUCCCUGCUGAGGAGGAGGUGAAGCCUGCGCCCAGAGCUGAAUUACAGAAACAGAAGCCGCUGCUGCGAGAUCCAGCGAGGGCUGUCUUCUCAUGUGCUCCAGAAAGCAAAUGAAGGUAAAUGUGACGGACUUAAUUGGGGGUGCCACCUGCGGAUACUUGAUGUUCUUAUAUCGGAGGUUCAAGAAAAUGACCCCUUAACAUUCAGAUAGGCUGGAGCAUUAAUAUCCCCUGAAUCAACAUUGUACAGUUUUUGACCUGUUCUUCAGCAAGUUGCGGUUUAUAUCCCUGGUUUUCAUGGAGAUGGCAGACUGAACAGACAUGUGGUCCUGUCUUGAUGAGAGGUUAUUUUUGUUUUAGUGAUGUGAGACAAGAAAGUUUAGACAGAAAGAACAAACUUUUUUGAAUGAUUAUCUAAAUCGUCUUCAUGCACAAGAAAAAUACAGAUUUUCAAGAGAAUGCCCAGGAGAGGGGUGUAUCUCCAAGGCAGAACCCGAUGGUUAUUUGUAGGACUUGCCUUGGUUUUCAGCUUAAUGCUUCUCACAUAUCUAUUAGAAUGUGCCCCUACUCCUGAGGGAAAUGGCUCUCUUCCUGGGAUUGCUGGAGAGAUCUAUAGCAAGGAGUACUACCAGGCUCUUCUUCAGGAACAGGAGGAGCACUACAAAAGUCGAGCAACAAGCCUAAAAAGACAGAUUGCCCAACUCAAGCAGGAACUUCAGGAAAUGAGUGAGAAGCUGAGAUUGGCACAUGAGAAAAAACAAUCUGCUGGCAAUGGUGCUGGGCACCAAGGUACCAAAGAGCAACCCCCUAAUGACCUCCUUGAGUUUUUACAUUCACAGAUUGAUAAGGCAGAAGUCGUUGUGGGUGCUAAACUUCCCAGUGAAUAUGCAGUUGUGCCCUUUGAAAGUUUUAAUUCCAUGAAGGUUUACCAGCUUGAGAUGGGGCUAACACGCCACCCAGAGGAAAAGCCCAUUAGAAAGGACAGGAGAGAUGAAUUGGUUGAAGUUAUAGAGGCUGGCCUGGAAGUCAUAAAUAAUCCUGAGGACGAUGAAGAACAAGAGAACAGAGGAUCGGAAAAAGUUUUAUUCAGUGAAUCUGACUUUGUGGAAGGUUAUUAUCGAACUGAAAGGGAUAAAGGAUCUCAUUAUGAGCUGUUCUACAAAAAAGCCGAAUCUAGGAGCUACCAUCACAUCACUUUAUUCCGACCCUUUGGCCCACUCAUGAAAGUCAAAGUGGAAACGCAGGACAUUUCCAGGACUAUUGUGAACAUUAUUGUCCCAUUGUCUGGCAGAACAGAAGCCUUUGCACAGUUCAUAGAGAACUACAAAGAUGUCUGCAUUCAACAAGAUAAAAGGACUUACCUGACUGUGGUCUACUUUGGUGAAAAAGGACUGUCAGAGGUGCGAGAUAUUCUUAAGAAUAUAGAAAGUGAAACAAAGUUCCAUAAUUAUACCCUGAUCCCACUGAAGGAGGAGUUCAGCAGAGGACGUGGAUUAGAAGUCGGAGCUCGAGCCUGGGAUAAGGGUGAUGUUCUGCUUUUCUUCUGUGAUGUUGACAUAUACUUCACACCUGGCUUUCUGGACACGUGCCGCCUAAAUGCAGAGGCUGGUAAGAAGGUGUUCUACCCUGUUGUGUUUAGCCUUUACAAUCCUGCCAUUGUGUACGCCAAUCUAGAGGUGCCACCUCCUGUGGAGCAGCAACUGGUUCAUAAGAAAGACUCUGGAUUUUGGAGAGAUUUUGGGUUUGGAAUGACUUGUCAGUACAAAUCAGAUUUUCUGACAAUUGGUGGUUUUGACUUGGAGGUCAGAGGAUGGGGAGGAGAGGAUGUUCACCUUUACAGGAAGUACCUGCAUGGGGAUCUGGUUGUAAUCCGAACUCCAGUACCUGGCCUGUUCCAUUUGUGGCAUGAGAAGCAUUGCGUGGAUGAAUUGACCCCGGAACAAUAUCGUAUGUGCAUUCAGUCCAAGGCUAUGAAUGAGGCAUCCCACCCUCACCUUGGCAUGCUGGUUUUCCGGGAGGAAAUUGAGGCCCAUUUGCACAAGCAGGCCUUCAGGACAAAUAAUGAAUCGGAGGCUUGAGCCAUUCUAUUUUACAUGGAUGACAACAAUUCAGCUUAAAUUGCAGGCUGCUAUAAAAAAUUGGACCAUAUGUUUAUGGAGGUGGGACACGUGCAGGGCUUAACCAGUUUAAAUCAAUUUAGGCAUGGCAGUGCCAUCUGAGCGUAAGACUAUUCAUUACUAUACUAGUUAGACCGUUUUGGA